CUAGCAUAGUAGCUGGUGUCCAUAAUGAAGACUUUCUCUUCCAUGAUUAAGAACUUUAAUACCUGUUUAGAGCUCUAUAAAUUAAGAAAGAGUAUAAUAAGAAGUUGGUAUAUAUGUAGGAAGAACUGGGAUCUUGAAGGUUUCUUAUACUGCAUUUAACUAGCUAUCAUGGCUCAAGGUGAUACGGCCAAUUAUGUUAGUGAGGACGGUGUAUUUAUUGAGGUAAAAAAGCUCGGAAGUAAUUCAAGGAGCGUUCAAUCCAGAAUUGUGAUAAAUGCCAGUUUUGAAACUGUUUGGAACCUAAUGACUGAUUAUGAGAAAUUUGCGGAUGUCGUUCCUGGGCUUACCGUUUGCAAAAUAAUCGACAAGAAAGACAACUUCACUCGUGUUUAUCAGAUGGCAGAACAAGAUUUACCAUUGGGGAUGAAAUUUAAAUCAAAAAUGGUAUUGGAUUGUUUUGAGAAAGACAUUGAGGCUCAAGCUGCUGGAAGAAAACGUGAUAUUGAGUUUAAAAUGACUGAAGGCGAUUUCAAAUCUUUCCAAGGAAAAUGGUCUAUUGAAGAGGUGACUAAACAAAGAUCUACAGGAAGUGAUACCUCGGUUGGUCAAGAAUAUGAAACAAUACUUUCAUAUUUGGUUGAUGUAAAGCCUAAGCCCUGGCUUCCUGUUCACCUAGUCGAAGGCCGACUCUGCGAGGAGAUGCAGACAAAUCUCUUGUGUAUCCGAGAAGAAGCACAAAAGAUGAUUCACAAAACUGUGCCUGCUUUAUAGGGUAUUGGUCAAACAUAUCACACACAUAUAUUACUCACUUGCCUGGGGUUUAUUUCAUCGACCCUAUUGUCAUGUAAAUCAUGUUGGAGAAAAUCAUUCAAACUUCCUAUCAUUUCCCAUGGUAUUUGGCUCGACCCGUUUGUUUUUGAAAUAAAGAGGAGAAGAAAUAAAAAUAUUAUGAUAA